GUGUGUGAAUGUGUCACGAGGAUAAACAAACGCGCAACAUGCACACUGUUGAGGUCAUCGACGUCACGAGUAAUUUAGCCGACAUAACGUUGACUUAAAGGAAACAUUGAUCCUUAUGCAGCAUUUUAAUCUGUCUGGAGAUUUAUUCAGUCACUCGCUUUGACAAACAACACACUAUCAGGAUGGUAUCGUACAAGCGGUUGAACCCUGAAGAUGUUCAGUUUUCCAGUGCAGUUUUGUCAGAAGAGCCUCGUCCUGUCCGCGAAGAUGUUCCAGUGCCCGACCCGGAGGAAGCCUCUUUGCUUCCACGGAGGCCGUCAUGCUCUGUCACCACGGGCGUUUUGGUGAUUGGCUGCCUGCUGCUGCUCCUCUGUGGCGGCUGGCUACUUGGCACUAUGUUCUGGCUGCACAGUCCAUCCAAAGAACAGCCACAUAGACCUCCACCUCCUGCAAAAAUGCCAGACUCUGGUGCAAAAACAGGACUAAAUGACACUGUGGCUGCCGCUGCCCGCCGGGAGGCUUGCAGUUUAAUCCCCGAGGCGUGGAGGUUUGAUUGCUACCCUGAAAGAGGGGUGGUUGUGACCAAAGAGUUGUGUGAGGCGAGGAACUGUUGCUUUAUGCGUGCAUCCUCCCCGUCCUCCUCUGGCAGCAGCCCGUCAGGGAGGAAUGGUAUCCCUUGGUGUUUCUAUCCUCCGGAUUUUCCUUCCUACUCGCUUGUGUCUAUAAAUGACACAUCGCUGGGGCAGAAAGCAACGCUUGUGAGGGAGGUGAAGACCUACUAUCCAGCAGACAUCCUCACCCUAGAGGCAGAGAUACGUCAUGAGACGGAUACGCGGCUACGUGUCAGGAUCACUGACCCAUCAAAGUCACGCUUUGAAGUCCCGAUAUCUGUUCCCAACGCCACCAGGAAGGCAGAGAGUCCGACCUACAUCGUGGAGAUUUCAAAGCAGCCGUUUGGUCUCGUAGUGAAGAGGAAGUCAACAGGAGCUGUGCUUCUGAACACCACGGUGGCUCCUCUCUUCUACGCGGAUCAGUUUCUCCAGAUCUCCACCUCUCUGCCGAGUCAGUUCAUUUACGGCCUGGGCGAGCAUCGCUCUUCCUUUCUGCACGAUGUCCACUGGAACACACUCACCAUGUGGGCCAGAGAUGUGCCUCCGACAGAACAGACAAACCUAUACGGAGCCCAUCCGUUUUACCUGGCCAUGGAGGACGGAGGGAACGCUCACGGCUUCUUCCUGCUGAACAGCAAUGCAAUGGAUGUGAUCCUCCAGCCCGCCCCUGCCCUCACCUGGCGCACCAUCGGUGGAAUCCUGGACUUUUAUGUUUUCCUCGGUCCCGAUCCGGCUUCAGUGAUCGAGCAGUACGUAGAAGUCAUAGGCCGCCCAGCGAUGCCCAUCUACUGGGCUUUAGGUUACCAUCUCUGUCGCUGGGGCUACAACAGUAGUGAGUCUACCUGGGAGGCCGUGAAGAGCAUGAGAAAUUAUGGGAUACCCCAGGACGUCCAGUGGAACGAUAUCGACUACAUGGAACGUUUUCUGGACUUCACGUUUGACUCAGAAAAGUUCGCCACGCUGCCUGAACUGGUCAAGGACCUUCACGCACAUGACCAGCGCUACGUCAUGAUCCUGGAUCCAGGUAUCAGCAGCUCACAGCCUGAGGGCUCGUACUGGCCGUUCGAAGAAGGGCUGAGGAGACACAUUUUUAUCACUGACGCUGACGGAGAAACACUCAUUGGGAAGGUGUGGCCCGGUCUGACAGCAUAUCCUGAUUUCACCAAUGAAGUGACACAUGAGUGGUGGUACGACAACCUUAAGAGGUUCCAUGACAAGGUGCCAUUUGAUGGAGUUUGGAUUGACAUGAAUGAGCCGUCAAAUUUCCUGGAUGGGUCAACCAAAGGCUGUCCAUCACACAGUCUUGAGAAUCCUCCUUACACACCCGGUAUACUCGGGGGUUUGCUGAGAGCCAAAACUGUGUGCGCCACUGCACAGCAGAAACUGUCCAUACACUAUAAUGUGCACAGCCUCUACGGACUCAUGGAAGCGAAGGCAUCUGCAAGCGCUCUGAAGCGGAUCGUGGCAAAGAGACCUUUUGUCAUCUCUCGUUCCACCUUCCCCAGCCAGGGGAUUUACUCUGGUCACUGGCUGGGAGACAACAGGAGCCAGUGGAAAGACCUGUACACGUCUAUCGCAGGUAUCUUGACCUUUAACCUUCUGGGCAUCCCGCUGGUGGGAGCAGACAUCUGUGGCUUCAGCGAGGAGCCGCAGGAGGAACUCUGUGUCCGCUGGACGCAGCUGGGAGCUUUUUAUCCCUUCACUCGCAACCACAACUCCAUCAACAUGAUGCCUCAGGACCCGACAGCUUUCAGCCCUCUGGCUCGUACAGCCAUGAAACAGGCUCUGCUGCUGCGUUACUCCCUCUUCCCUCUCCUCUACACUCUCUUCCAUCACGCACACGUACACGGACACACUGUCGCACGGCCGAUCAUGUUUGAGUUCCCGAAAGAUAUCAAAACCUAUGGGAUCGACAAACAGUUCCUGUGGGGGAAGAGUUUACUGGUGACACCAGUGUUGGAUCCCAGAGUGGACUAUGUGGAAGGUUACUUCCCAGAGGGUGUGUGGUAUGACUACUACACGGGCGAGGCCGUGCGCAGUAAGGGCGAAGAACUGCGACUCGACGCACCUCUAGAUAAGAUCAACCUGCAUUUGCGCGAGGGCUCUGUCAUACCAACACAGGCGCCCAACCUGACGCUGUGGGUAAGCAGCGGUCAGCCGCUUCAUCUGGUCUCGGCUCUUUCCGACGACGGCUCAGCCAGUGGAGAUCUGUUCUGGGACGACGGAGAGAGCAUCGACACCUACGAGAACAACCAGUACGCCUACAUCGUCUUCAACAUCUCACAGAACGUGAUGACAUCAGAGGUGCUCCGGACCCACGAGGAGGCCACAUACAUCACGGUGGAGACGGCCUCCUUCUACGGAGUGAAGCAGAAGCCGAGCAGAGUGCUGGUGAACUCCCAAGAUGCAACGUUCACCUACAGAGCCAACCAGGUGUUGACAGUAACUGAUCUCGGUCUCAACCUCAGUCAGAACUUCACCAUCAGCUGGAUGUGAUGAAUCGGAUCUUUUGUUUGAUUUUUAAUCAGUGGUUUUAUUUGCUGUUAGCUUUUUUUUUAAGAUCACGAGCUGGUGUGCAGUGCAGUCUGUAAGUGUCAGGACAGUGAUGCUUCUGCAUGUUUUGGUCUCUGUGCUCCAGAACGUUGUAGGUUUAAGAGAAUGAGUGUUUUUUAUUGGGUGGACAGUGGAGACAUUUAUACAUUUUGGGAGCUCAUAAAAAGAGCCGUGAUUCCAACCUGCUCAUCUGAUGUGGUUGCAAAAAAAACCCAUCAAAUUAUAGCUGAGACUCGGCUCUAUAACCUCAGAGUCAUUGCUUUCAUUUCAUAGCUGAUGUUCUGGAGCACAGAGAGGAAAAAAAUGAUGGUACUGUGGAUUUACUGAGGUCAGAGGUCAAGUUUGUGUUAAUCAUAUUUAUAGGGCAAUGUUUUUUUUAAAAAAAAAGUGGACUUGAGCAUUUCUGUGUAAGUAAACAACAAUAUGCAGUCGAUGACCUACAGCUUUAAAUAUCUACAACGUGAUUUAAUGUCCAGUAACUUAUAGCUGAACUGUGACCUGACAAAAAAACAAAAAGCUUGUCUCAGUCUUUUUUUUUUUUUUCAGUUCAGCUCAUAGAUCAAGUCCCCAUUUUUAAAUUUUUUUAAAAUUCUCAUAAGCGGAAAGACGACGUGCAAUAAGUGAAAGAAACGACGAUCUGCCUUCCCGAAAAUGCAUCUGAAUAGAGUUCGAGAUGUAAAAAAUAUUGUGCUCGAUUGCUGUUUACAGCCUGGUUUUUUUUUGCACUACACUGAAGUAUUGUAAAGGUGGAAGCAGGUGCCUUAUGAUUCCUGUCUGUGUGAGUUUGAGCGUCUCGGGGUUUUUUCCCGAUAAGCCUUUUGUUCGAGCUUUAAGCCCGUUUUCAACGCUGAAGACCAGAGUGCUGCUGUGCACGAGGACUACUUGCAUAACUAAGAGUGUAAUAGACCAUCCGACAAACAUUUUACUGUGAAGUCUCUCAGCACUGGUUUUCUGACACGUCCGAUGGCAGAAUUAAAGGUACAUUUCACGAUGCUGGUCGAGUGACGAUUUCAAUGAAAAGUUCUGCCUGUAUUUCUCGCUUAUAUGUGCUUACAUGAUAUGACCGUGAUGCUGUGAAAAUCUGAUUAUAAUCUAUUGUUUUGCACUUUUUUUUUUUUUUUUUUUUUUAAAAAGCAGAUUAACUCUACCAGUAUGGUUUGUUGAAGAAGCCGUCGAUGCAUGUGUGCUGGUGAAGGGAAACUUUGCCAAACCCUCUGAAAUAUUUUAGAGCUUUUAAAGACAUCGAUGCAGACUCUGUAUUUUACUGUUUGUGUUCGGGUCACUGAAAUUGUGCAGUACUUCAUGAUGAAUUCUUGUCUGAUUUUUUUGUGUAAUUGCUUAAAUUUAAUUAAAUGAACAAUAUGAGAA